GUGUACAGUGUAUUUUUAAAUUAGGUUCCAUUGCUAUAUAUUUUGUGAAAAUGAAUGAUAAACAAGAAUUUAAUGAAAAGAAAUAUAUUUUAGAAGCUCACAAAACAGUGCUACAGCAACAGCCAAGCAUAGACUCCAUUGCACAGAUACCCGGAAGUGAUACGGAUCAGUUGUUUGAGAAUGAAAGGAGAAAGCAAACUGGCCUUGGGUACGCAAGUUUCAACUACAUAAACUCCAUCAUCGGGAGUGGUGUUAUUGGUAUACCGUUUGCGUUCCAACAAGCAGGUUUUGGUCUGGGUCUGGUAUUGUUGGCUGUUGUAGCCCUCGUCACAGACUACUCUCUGCGACUCAUGGUCCGAUCUGCUCACAUCUGCGGAAGUUUCUCCUACUCUGGUAUCAUGGCUGCAGCGUUUGGAUCUACUGGGUUCUUUCUACUGUCUGCACUUCAGUUUGUUUACCCAUUCAUCGCUAUGGUAAGUUACAACGUGGUGGUAGGAGAUACAGUCACCAAAGUCCUCGUGAGGAUGUUUGGACUCUCGUCUACUGCUCUGUUAGCCCGCAGAGAUUUUGUAGUGUUACUUUGCACUCUCUCAGUAACGGUUCCUCUUUGUCUUCAGAAAGACAUGGCUCGAUUAGCAAGAGCUUCCAUGGUGUCCAUAUUCUUCGUAUUCUUCAUUCUUUUCACCAUCACAUUGAGGUUCUUCACUUUGUUCGGAGUCGUGCCACCCACUGAGGAUGCAUUUGAAUUUUCAAACUCUGGAGUAAUCCCUGCAAUUGGCAUCAUGGCUUUUGCGUUCAUGUGUCAUCACAACGUGUUCCUACUGUACGCCUCCAUAGAGGAAGCUACCCAGGAGAAGUGGGACAAGGUCACUCAUUACUCUGUGUUUGCAUCAUUCCUUGUCACCGUCGUGUUUGGACUUGUUGGUUACACCACAUUCACUGGAUAUGUGCAAGGUGACCUGUUGGAGAACUUCUGCUGGGACGAUGACCUGAUGAACCUCUCUCGUGUGGUGUUCAGUGCCACCAUACUGUUGACAUUCCCUAUAGAGUGUCUGGUGACCCGGGCAGUUGUGGAGGCUGUGUGGGGACAUUUAGACACUGCACGGGCACAUCGUGGUGUCACUCUCUCUAUUGUCAUGGCCGCCUACUUGGUAUCUGUCAGCACUGACUGCCUGGGUAUUGUGCUCGAGUUAAAUGGUGUGCUAGCGGCAGUUCCUUUGGCCUUUGUGCUACCAGCCGCUACUUAUCUCAAGCUGUGUCCUGGCUCUGUGUUAUCCAAGGACCAGUUGCCAGCCCUGGGAGUGGUCGUGUUUGGUCUGUGUGUAGCCUUGACUGGUCUCUAUCUCAUCAUCACACAGUUCGGAUCUGUAGGCAGCUGUACACACGGUAAUCUCAUGUGGUAUUGUCAAACCAACAGUACAAGUCACUCGUAAAUUAUCUGUUUUUAUAUGUGCCAACAACCAAAAGAUGCUACAAUAUGCAUUUUGUUUGAUUAUGCCAUAGAUUACACAUACUCCCAUAGUAGAUUUGUCAUCCUUAUGGAUCAGCUGAAGACGACUUUUAUGUUAGUUCCAUCCGGUGCCGUUAGACUUUCGAAAAUCAUCAAUUUUCUUACACUAAAAACAAAUAGUGAUCAGCUGACUUUUCCUGACAUAAACAUUACUUUUGCUACACAAACAAUACUUUGCCUAUCAUCAACAAAAUUACAAGUGAAGAAAAAAGAAUAGGUUACAAAAUAUCAGAUAAUUUUAUUAAGUUUGAUAAGGAUGUUUUUUUUUUUUUUUCAUUGUGAUCAAAAGUAUUGUUCAAUACUCGUCAUGAAAGUCCCAUUUCAGGGCUCGAUAGUGUUUCCUAUGCUCCUCUUCGACUUGCAUGUAAAACACUAUCUUGCCCCGAAAUGGGUCACUUUCGUGACUAAAUAUACUAUUCCCUACAGUUAUUAUAAAGCAUAGAAAUAAAUUGGUUUUGCAAACACUAAACAAGACGUUUUAGGUUAGGUUAAAGUGUUGCCAACCUAUUUCCAAGCGUACACGGAUUACUUGCUUAAUAAGAGCACGCUGUUUUUUGUUGUUUGGUUGGAAUACUUUUGCGAGAAAGUAAAAACUGUGCGACAAAGUAAAAAGCGUGCGGCAAAGUAAGUAAAUGAAGCAAUUAGCAGCUUUCUGUACUAUUAUCAGUGCAAGGAAGCCCACUUUGUCGGGUUACUGUAGGAAAAUUCAUAUUUUUUCUCUUGUUUCUAUUAAGCUAAAAAGUUUUAAGUUACCUGGCUUCAUCAAGUGAUCCUUCUUUAGUAUUUCACUACUAUAGUUUCGGACUUGAAAAUAAGUCCAUCUUCAGGUUAACAAAAACGUCAAUAGGUCAUCUAACCAAUUUGGUUAGAUUCGUCGAUACACUUAAAACACAUACACGAACACGAAAAACACAAAAAACUAAUAUAAUACUGUAAAAAACUGGCCAGUGUAAUUAAUCACGGGGGACACGUGUGGCGACGCCGGAAGAUGAGUCAUGACUGCAUGUCCAAGUCCAGUGGAUGACGUAAUGUCCCUCUCCUGUCCUGACCUUCUUGUUUCUAUUAACUACUAUCUAAGGGAGUAUCUUUUAUCUAUGCUACUAUGGUAGUUGAAGUGACAUUUAAAGUACACAUUGCUAGGCUCUAUGUUAUGCAAGAUGAUUUACGUUUAUUGACUGAACAAGAGGAAAAUGUUCCAACAUUUGUUUGAAUUGCAGUGAACUAAGUACAAUCACGUCAUUUUUUUGCAAUUAUAGCAUGAAUUUACUGGGUUUGAGGUUUGAAUCACACCAAUUACCAAUUACUAUUUUCUAUGUUGAUUGAUUGAUUAAGCCACUCACAUUACGCCCUACAGUGUACAAUUAUUACUGUUACUAGGAUAGUUGAUGAGACAUCAAAUACACUGUAGUUUUAAAUGAGUUGUCCUUUCAGUUUGGCAUGGUCAAAAUGUUGGAAUAUCUGACAGAAAUCAGUAAUUUACAUUGCAGUUUGCUCAAUUUAAAUACUAAUUUUCAUUCUAAAACUAAACUAGUUGAAACUUGUACAUGGGAAUAGAAUGUCAAAUCUUGGCAUUCUCUUGGUUGUUGGCACAAAGACUGUUAAGUUUGUUUUAUUUGUUUACAUAAUAAUUUGUUUUGUACCUGUUAUUACCUAGUGUUCUUAUAACUGAUUCGAUGGUUUAAAAUAUGUAAUUUAGUAACUCCUAAUCUGAUACACUUUACCUCAAAGUUUUUGUUCUAGUCACCGAGCUGUUGAAAAAAGACUUAAGGGAAACUUGACAAUCCCAAACUAUUUGCAUUUGUUAAUAAGAGUUUAUAAUUACUUUCUAUUAGAUAUUUAAGUAUAAUUAAACCUUCAUACUUUCCAAAAAGUUUUACAGUACACAGUAAGACUGAGUUGCUACAUCCUACAAGCCACUAUAAACAUCCCCCUGUAGUUACACUCAAUAAAUUGUCUUUAAAAUAACAAAACUUUGAAUGCUGCAUUAAUUUUCACAGAGAAAACUAUAGGUUUUCAAUGGGAAUCCGUCAAAAAUCGCUUAACUGUAAGAUUUGUAAACUCUAUCACAAGUUAGUAUAUUACUUUUUUGUUUAGGUAUGAAUCGCUAACGUUUUUGUUAGGAAACAGUCGAAACCCUGGUCUUGAUACUACUAUCUUAAGUUUUUUGUUAGAUUAUGGUGUCUGAAUCAUGUAUUUUUUUACUCUUAUUGCAGUUUUAAUGUGAUUUUUGUUGUUUUUUUUAGGCUUUUUCCAAAUGUUUUUUGCAUGUUUUUAUACACGUUUUAUAAGAAAAGAUUUUUGUUUAAUUAAAAAACUAGUUGAGAAAUAUAUAUAGGCAAUGUUAUAUAUUUUGUGACAUAUAUAUUUGUUAAAUAUAUCAUAGGAAUGUGUGGUAGUAGAAAGAAAUCAUGUUUUAUCUCAUUGUUAAUGCUAUUUUGUGGAAGAUUGUUUAGUUUAUUUUUUGUUUGUUGAAUAAGGACAUUCCAAAUAGUAACACUGAGUGUAAUUAUAAAAUUUGUCCUACUAUUUAAUUUGCUCUCUGAUUUUAUGGUAAUAAGUCUGUGAAUUUUUUAUAGUAGACCUAAUUAAAAACUGUUAUAAAAUACAAAGAAAAAAUAUUUAGCAAGCUUAAGGGUUAAUUAGAUUGGAGGAUGUAUUUGUUUAUAUAUGUUUUGUUACAAAAUACGGUGAAAUGAACACCAAAGUAUGUAAAAAUAAGAGAAAAGCUUUAUAGUUGUUAAAAUCUUUAGCUUUGUAACCAUGUUAAUACAGGCAAUAUAGCAUUUAAAUAUGUAAUAUAUAAUUUUUAUUUUAUUAAGUUUUUUUCAAGAACUUUUAUUAUUUUUAAUGAGAAAUCCAGUAAGUAGUAUAACAUCACUUAAAAAUAACAUGUAUACUACUACAGUACUAUAAUAUUGUUAAUUUUGCGCUAUAAUGUAGUACUUAAACCUUUUGCAACUGAUGUUUUUAAGGAUCUACUCAGUUCAAGGUUAUCUGUUGUAAAACAGUUUUAAUCUGACAAUAAUUCAAUUGUUUUGUGAAUGAUGAUCAUAAUGUUUUUGCUAGGGCUGGUAUAGUUUGAGAUAUCUUGCUGUUAUUUAUACUACAAUGGAGUCCCGGUAAUCUGAAUUUGGUAAUCUAAGUGUGCUUAAUCUAAUACAAAAAAUAGGAUUUUUAAUGAUAAAUAAAACUAAGAAUCAAUAAUGAGUGUGUGAAUUAAACCUGCUACAAAUGACAUUAAGUUUCAAAAUAGUGAGUGGAAGGAACAAAAAAAGGUGUUAUUAUAGUAGUUAUAAACUGUAUUCAACCCGGUUUUAUUUAUUUUCUUUAUCUAUGCUAAUUUUCUUCAGUCGACAUCACAGCAAAAUAUUAUAAUUUUGAAUCAUUUAUCUAGAUUUUGUUUUUUGUGGAAUAGUUAUAUAGAAGUUAGAAGACACUUUGACAAGGUUACAAAUAGUUUUAAAUUCUUCAAUUAAGUUAUUAAUGUUAGAAAUUGUUUUGUAUGGGCCUAUGAAUGAGGUUUCAAUGCUUGAAUGGAUUGUACUUUUUUUUAUUACUUGCUGUCAUAGAUGAAAUGAAAUGAAAAUUGUUCUUUAUUGAGGCAAAUUUAUGACCUCAUGGUCCUUUCUUACAGAUAACCUCUUAUAGAUCAAAUUAUUUUGAACAUCAUCACACUAUUGUAAUUGUAAAAUCCACAUAUCAAUAUAAGGGAACAAUGUGCGAACAAUUUCAAUUUAGAGAUAAGGCUUUCAUUUUUUCCCCUUUCUAUUAGUUGACAAAUGUAUACAGUGUUAAGCAAAAAUGUCCCUAGCAGCUUUACUUUCUGCAAGACCUAUAGGUCUCUGUCCAUUAAACAUUUUUAGGGACCUCAGUAGCCAAAAAUCAGCUUAAAUCCUGUUGCUUUAUUUGAUUUGAUUCUAUAAUGAAUUUAUAUUUCAUUUAUAAAAUACCUGAUAUUGUGAAAACUGUUGGAUUUUGUUCCAAUGUGUAGUAAAACCAAUAUUUAUUAAAAUGAUUUUUUUUGUCCAAUAUGCUUAUGGAGAUUGAUAUAAAAAGCUAUGUGUUAACCCUACGAAUCAUUAUGGUUUUUACUUCUUGCCUGGAUUGAAAAUUGUAUAAACUAUUCUGUCGCAAUUCAAAUUAGUUUGGAUUGUUUACAUUUUAAUUUUAAACCCUAACUACACUUAAUUAAUUUAUUUUACAACUUUUGAUUACUUAGUUGUUAAGAUUGUGAAAAAACAUUAUGGGCAUAAUCUGUUAUUGCUGUUAAUAGCAUGUUUAUAGAUAUAUUAGCUUAAUUUAAUUUAAAAAAUGAUAUAUUUUAUCCACCAUUGCAGGCUUAAAAAUUAAAUCCAAACAACAACUUUUAAUUUAUUUUCAUAGCAGAAAAUUUAUAUUUGCUUGCUCAUUAUGUUACUCUAAACAUAGAUAAAUGCUUAAAUUACCUACUAUUAUAAACCAGUGCAAAUCAGCUAGAAAUCUGCUUAGUUAACCCUCCCUACUCGCCCGGCUAAUAGUAACACCAGUACUCGCGCGCGGACUCACAGUCUGUUUAUACUUCUUACUGGAAAUACUCUUUCAUAUACCUAAUAAAGUUUAUAUAGCAUCAAAAUUUCAAAUAAUCUAAAUAUAGGUAAAUAGAUAUAGAUAAAUUUCAAAAUGAAUAUGUCUUGUUGAAAACCAAUCAGUCAAUCGCUGGCCUGUUCUUAAUCCUCUUGAAACACGACAUGCCUAACUUUACACUUUCGUAGCUAAGGGCCAACUGAGCCUAAGAUGGUCAAAACACCGCCAUUGUCCUUGGAAAGGUAGUGGGGGAAGGUAGAUGCCCCGUCAUGUCAUUCCCUUGCAGAUUCACUUAUUUCGGCGCGCUUUUUCAAAUGUGCUGACUCUGAAUCAGCGGCGCAAGUACAGGUUUACAGGUAGCAGAGGGAUGACAGGUUUACAGGAGGUAAUUUGUGUAUACCAUGUACCCUCCUCCAAACUUCUCAUAACAAGAUGAAUAUGACUUUUCCUUACUAAAAGAUAUAGUUUUGAUUUGACUUAAGUAGUAGUAAAAGUGUAGCAGAUACUCCUGGUAUCAUGUAUCUUAAUAAAGUUGUUUUCCAUAUAUUUUUAUGCCACAUAUAUUUUUAUAGUAAAUUUGGUGCAAGAUACUUUUGAUAGAGUUUAGGUUCCUAAAGAGAACUUUACAGUAGUUAUAAUUACUAUUCAUGAAAUCUCUUCUCAAUUUUCUACUUUAUUAUAGUAGUUGAAACUAAUAUUUUCAUUAUACUGGAGAACUUAUUAAACUCUAUACACAGUUGUGAAGUAGUAAUUUAAUAGUCUUUUUUAAACUAGUUGAUCUUUCAAACAUAUUUUGCUACAGCUCUACUUGUUUUGGUCGCUUCCUUAAAAUAGUCUAAAAUAGUAAUUACUGUAGCAAUACUUCAAGACCAUGAAGUCAUUAUUGUAUGCACUAACAUAAUAUCAGCAUAAUAUGUUAACUACAAUUUUACUGUACUUCUGUUUCUAUUGUCAAUACUACAGGCCUAGUCAAGUGGUACUUUUAUUCCUAUGUCUGCUGACAGAUAACUUAUUGUGAUGUGAUUUGGACCAAGAUGUUAGCUGUAAAUAAUUAAGGUUAUAGUUGCACAAAAGUAAAUUGAGAUAUGUUUAUCAUAUGUGUUGUUUGAUGCCUUGUAUACCAGCCAUAUACAAGGCUUGGUAUUGUCUUCUUGUGAAACCUAAAACUUUCUGUCGUUAAAAGACUUAAGCUUUAAUCUUGAGGCAAUUCAUUUGAGAACUGUUAAAGUGCUUCCUCUUUGUCAAUAAA